AAAAGUUACUGAGCCUUCUAUAAAAAAUAAAGAACUAGCAGUAAUAUAUAAUGUUAGCGAAGAAUGUAUUAGUGAUACAUUAAAAAAAUUACAAAAAUGGCUUGAAAUUGAUCCUCAAGCAUCCGAAGCUCAAGGUAAAAGACAGAUCAAG